AUUGGUCCGUUGCUGUGCUUCUGACUGAGCAUGUGUGUAGCACCUCUCAGUUAGCUUCCAGAGAUGGCCUCAGACAAGCAAAACGAAGGAAAACUUGCCUCCGCGGAUGAAAAUAAAGAAAAUUCAUCGGACGGGGGGCUCGGACUGGAAAGUAUCCUUCACGGCACCAUACGUGUUGUCACGGUUUUGUUUUAGAUGCUGUAGAAUUAUGUCAGGCUGUAGCUCUAGCUUGAUCGCUAGCUCGGUCUGAGUGUAAAGCUAACAAGCGCUUUAGGCUACGUGUCACAGAGAAACAGCUGCUGGUGACCGGCGUGAAAACUGAAAUAAUGUGCUUGUCUCUGACUUUAAAGAGUCCGAGAUUGUCAAAUCAAUAUGAAAUAUAUUGAAGUCUUAAGAUACUAGUGAUUUUUGUAUUUGUUAACUUGUAAUUGAGGUAGCCUGGUUACCAUUUGCUCUGUAUGUGACAGUAUUUCAGUGAGACUUGUGUUAGUGCACUAAGUAAUCAGUAAUAGGUCUCAUGACUUAAAUGUGAAUGACAAAUAUUUCACCCAGGAUUACAUUGUGUGCUGAUGUAGACAGGUUGACCCUUAACAUUCAAUCACAGUUUUGCAAAUAAUCAAAGAGUCUCAGCAGCAGCAUGGCCUCAGACACGGAGACUAUCAGAGAUACAGGUGAGUUGUGUUCAUUCAUUUAUGACCUUUACAACUACACUGUCAGGACCAGAGCUGCACAGAUAUCUACAGGGAACAGUAUUGUACUGUAGAAAUAAGGGGAGCACCAAUCACAAUUUUCUGGCCGAUCUCCGAUCUUUAAAAAGCUUGACCUGCCGAUACCGAUUUUAGCCGAUACCGAUUUUUUCUUUAUAACUGACAACAUACACCUUCGAUGCCCCAAUCUUAUUUUAAUGAAGAACAUUUAACAAUACUUGUGAAACAAUACAAAAUUUUUGUGUUUGUUUUAACUGCACAUGAGAUAUUUCUCUCAAAUAUUAAUAAAAAGUUAAUAAUAUUGCUGUCCAAACUACUAAAUGAUGUCAGUUCCUUUAGUCUUUUAUUUUCCACAACUUAAAAAUUAACAAGCAGUAGUAUUUUUCUUUUGCGAAUAAAGGAAAUCACAAGGUUUGAGGAAGUUAGUAAAAUAAUAAGCUACAGGACAAACUAACAACACAACUUAAACCACCAAUAAACUGUCCUGAGUUUUAGAUUUCCAUGUUGUGGGUUCAACAUGCUUGGUUGGUCAUGCUCCGGAUGACUGUGGUGUGUGUCGCUGGCGCUGACACACGCGUGCGUGCGUGCACACAUGACCUGAUGGGCGGGCCUGUCAUUCUGGCAAAGCGAAAAGCUACAGCGGCUGACUUUCAGACCUUUGCUGGGGUAGAAAAGAUCGGUGAAUAAAAUCGGUUUCAUAUGUAAGGAUCAGCCGAUCACCGAUCCCCCAAAACUGAGGAAAUCGGCACUGAUCGGCUGGCUGAUUUAUCGGUGCAUGUUUAAUAGAAAUUAACUAUCAAUGUACAGGCAGACAUAAUCCUAGAACACAGUAUUUAAUUUAGAGACCAAAUUGUUUUUCAUGACACCCUCUGCUGUCAUAUGGCGCCCAUUAGGGUGUGAUGGGAUCUAUUGUCAAACAUUGGAAUAGAAAUGUAUGUUGAGGCAUGGUUUUGUUUUGCUUUUUAUAAAAUUGUAAUCUGACCAUAUGUUUUCUAUUUGUUUCAGGGGCUACUGCUCCCGCAGACUGCGUCGCCUGCGCAAGACUCUCGGUUUCAAAAUGGGCAACAGGCACAAGUUUGUUGGGAAGAAAAUUACAGUUGAAAUGCUUUCUGACAGCAGGUGAGGAAUAGAUUUUGUGCGGUAGCUGGCUGAUAUGGUGGAAGAGUUUAAUGUUCAUUAUCUUAAAGUUUGAUGGAUUCAUACAAUCCAGUAAACUGUACUGUCAAACACCAAAAUUCAAUUCAGAUGCUGUGAUGAAUAUAUCUCCUACUAACAGCUAACUCUGGACAAUCAGAUGGAAAUUUAUCCAUUCAAUGUGUCCUAUAAAAAUCAAGGAAUAUUUGCUGCAAAUAACUGAUAGUUAAGUUUCCUCUCCUCAGAUACCUGUUGCUGGUUUUGAUGGAGGCAGAGCGAGCAUGGAGUUAUGCCAUGCAGUUGAAACAGGAGGCCAACACGGAGCCACGUAAACGCUUCCACCUGUUGGCACGUCUGCGUAAGGCCGCCAAGCACAGCGAGAAGCUGGAGAAGCUUUGCGAGAGCCCACGGGUCGACGCCAAGACUAAACUUGAGGCGCAGGUACAGAUCACAGAGUCAUCUUCAGUCUUAUUGCAGGUGUAUAAAACAGAUUACUGGAUUACAGGGUUCUGAGUGUCCAAUCUCAAUUUGUCUCUUGAUUUGUCGUCAUGGUUUUUUUGACUCUAUGAUAAUUGAUAAUAUUUAAUACCAUUUACAAAUUUCAAGCCAGUUUUUAAAGAAUCAGACUGUCUGUGUUAAUCCUAGGCCUACACUGCGUACCUAACUGGUAUGGUGGAGUUUGAACUGCAAGAGUGGAAGCGUGCCAUGGAGGCUUUCAACAAGUGCAAGUAAGUUUAAAAUGUUCAUAGUUUCUGAAUGUAUUAACAGAACCUAUGCAUGCAUGUCUGUCCCCUUGAAUUUGUGUCUAUUUAGAGAUAUUAAACAGCCCAUUUUUUGUUUAUCAGGACCAUCUAUGAGAAGCUGGCCAGUGCGUUCACUGAAGACCUGGCAGUUCUGUAUCGCCAGCGUGUGGAUGAGAUUUCACCCAACAUCCGCUACUGUGCUUACAACAUUGGUGAGUAGCAGGAAGGCCCACAGAGAGCAGGAGAAACAGAUCCCAGAUACUUCUGUGUAACUGAUUGUUUUCUCCUCCGAUGACAGGUGAUCAGAACGCCAUCAAUGACCUCAUGCAGAUGAGACUUACUGGUGGUGGAGGAGGCAUGAUGGCUGAGAAACUGGAGGUAAAAACAGAAAUAGAAAAUGAUUUUAUAUACCUGUGUAUCAGUUACAGAUUGUGUGCAGUUGCUUCCUAAGUGGAAUGAGUUCAAAAGCACAUACAAAGUUCCUACACAGUUGGAACUUAAAUACAUUUCCAUACCCUACCUUUGAGAAUUAUUUUUGGAAAUACCUACUUUUCUGUUUUUAGAAAACAGAAUUUUAGAACUGUGGAAAUAGUCUAGAAACUAGAUAUUUUUCCAUACUUUAUUUUUCAUUUACCAUAUUUUUUUUAGACCUGGAAAUUAAUCAAAUUACUUCCAUACUUUCCAUACUUGCGUAAGAACCCUGCACAUAUAAUUUAUUAAAACAUUUUAUUCUCUUUGAUGAAAUCAAAACUCACCAGAAAACGCUUUUCAGCAUAAACAAUUGCGUAUUGUUUGAUUUCUUCUCAGGCUCUGAUCACACAGGCCAGAACCAAGCAGGCAGCUACUAUGAGUGAAGUGGAGUGGAGAGGGCGAACGGUUCCCGUUAAGAUCGAUAAGGCCCGCAUCUUCCUGUUGGGUCUGGCAGACAAUGAGGCUGCUAUUGCUCAGGUUGGUGUCUGUUUGUUGCUGCCUUACUGAGGGAUAGAACAAUAAAAACUGAAAUAUCAUUUCAAUUGUUGAUUUCUAGACACGAGCUGCAAAAUGCAUCUGGGGUUUUACAGAAAGAUACACUAAUGGUGUUUGAAUAUCUUACCCAACUAUCAAGAAUCAAUACAGGGACAUGUUUUGAAAUAUUACAAUACUGUACUAUUGUGUACUAUAAUAACCAUGUUAUCCCAACCUCCUAGUGUUUGGGGUGAUUUAGAAAUACAGUCACCGCACCUUCUUCAUGUGUCCUGUAUAGAUUUGUUGAUCUGGGAUUUUCAAAGUAACUCCAACGUGUUCAUCCAAUCCUAGUCGUACGGUUAGAUUCCUCAGCUCAUGCCAAUUCACAAGACAUUCCAAUGAGCAAAUACUCUUAUGUAGGGCUGUCCCGAUAUGAUGUUGAUAUUGGAUAUCGGCCUGAUAUCAGCAAAAAAUCGAAUAUCUGAUUUUAUCGUCCUGCAUCCAAAAUCUCUGAUAUCAGCACUCCGAUACAAGCAGUCCAUUUCAGACUCCGCUCCAGCACCUCUAGCUAGCAGCGUCCAAAUCCAGCAUGUAGAGCCCAUGUGAUCACAACAACAGUGUGUACAGGGGUACUAACAAAGUAGCAAGGAGUAGGAGUGAUGUCGACCCUGUGGAAGUAUUUUUUAUCAAAGUCUGAAAAAGACAUUGCAGCUGAGUGCCAAACUUGUCAUGCACAAGUUUGUGGUAAUAUCACAUCAAUAUCGGUAUCAGCCAAUAUUGAAGGCUACAAUAUCGGAAUUGCAGGAAAAAAAAGUUGUAUCGAGAAACCCCUACUCUUAUUUAAACUGGAGGUUUGCAAACCUUAUUUUACCAGGAUUGGGACCAUUCCUCUCACAAGGAGUUGUAGCUCCAACUGAAUGUCUCUUCUUUACAGUAUUCUAAACAGUUCCUGCAUUUAUCAGCAGGUGGCACUCUCCUCUUAAUAGUCCCACAUGUGUCAUUCAGAGCCACCACAGCUCAUUCCUCACAUUUUCGAUGCCCAGAAGGCUCCACACACCCUCACAGACACACCUGACACACCCAGAGCCACUCAGGACUCUGGCAUGCAGCCCCUCUCAUCGCUCAACUGCAUUCUGUGCAUUUCAGCCCACACAUGAAUACAGGACAACACCCAGCAGGUGUAUCAGCAGGAUGGAUUAGCGCUAUCAUCUCUAAACGCCUGAUUGUUUCAAAGAGGCCCUUCACCACCAUGUGAAAAGCUCUUUCUCUCUACAUUAAAAAGCUUCCUGAAAAAAAAAAAAGAAAAAAUAUCAUCAACUGUGAAUGAAAGGAUGGAUGUUAUGAAUUUGUUUGAUACUUUGAUGCCAUUUUUCUGAAUGAUCCAGCAAAGCUUUUGUCAUGCAAACAUCUAAACGUAACACCUGAUCCCCGGUCUUUGCCUCUGGGGACAAGAAACGCUGUGUUUGUCAUUUCUUCAGCCCCCGGUAAAAAGAAUCAGCCGACUCUUUUUUUGAUCGGUGUAUUUGUCCAGCCCUCCCUUUGAACAACAAAGGACGUUGGACAGGUUGUGCCAGUCUCGAAAGGCGUUGCUAGGGUGUUGGCAUGGGUGUAUGGCACCAAAUAUCAUCUGACCUAUGACCCCUCUGUCGUUGAUCAUCACUUAAGAGAAUUUUCCUGUAAAACUGCCUGAAACUUUUUUGCUUUUUAGGUUUUUUUCUCAGUUUUUUUAAGGUGAAGUUAUGAGGUGGUCAUCCAUAAAGGUACUUAAAGAGCAUUUUGGUGUUUUUAAACAAAAACUCAUGCAGUAGAAAAUCUCCUAUUGUUUAUAAUUUAUGUUUUUCCCUUUCACGGUGGUCUAAUGCUGCAAAUAUGAAGCGUCCUGUAGUCUCUGAGUAACACGGGCCUGUCGAACAAGUGUGUUGCUUAAGGGAAGGUGAGGUGAAGAACAAUUCUGUCAUUCAGAUGGAUUUGAACCCUGAAACUCCGGCAUGUCUGAUUGCCGAUGAGCCUGCCAGACAGCAUACCUGCGUCUCUCCCACUGUUUGCUACAGUAGUAUCCUGUCUUGUAACUGUUGUUCUCUGCAUCAAACUACUACAACUUCGAGGCAAUGAAAUAUUUGUGUGUGCAUGACUGACGUUUAUUAGAUCUUUAUUAAGGUGGCGGCGGUGAAUGUCUGAGUUUGGAUAUUUGGGCCAACAUGUCUUUUCUCUUUUCCUUGCUGAGUUUCCUUUUUUUCAGUUUUGUAGAUGAGAAUGUCUUUUUGACAUCACCAUAACCUGCAGAUUUACUACAGGCCCGGGGUUUGAGUUUGCUGUCCAAAAUAUUUCAAAUGUUUCCUCUUGUCAACUUCACGAAGAUCACUCACUCGCAAGUCUUCCCCUCCCAAAUUCCUCUGAGUGUGACAUACCUUUGACAUACUUUCAGGAUUCCCUGCCCUCCCUAAUUGAAUCACAGAUACUUUCCUGAAACUAUGCACUGUUAACAUGACAUAGAUAUGAAUCACAAGCUUUUGUCUCGAUGGAAAUAAAGGACUGAUAGCUUAACGUCUCCUCCUGUGUACAAAACUCCAGUUUAAACUGUGCCUUUGUGUCAGCUGAUCAAACAGCAUCGUCAAGUUUCAUCCUUCUUUUGAUAACAGACACCAUCACGAAUCUUCUAAAGUUAUGAUCUAAACUUUUGAAAUCUAAGAAAUCCUAGAAGAAGUUGUUGGUGACCCUCAUCAGUGUGUAGACGGGUUUAGAGCUGGGUCAUGAUCAUUUUCCCCUCUCUUAGAUUUUGUAUCUCUAUGAUGUUGAGUCAACUACUCAUCAAGGUUCAAAAUACUCCUCAAGAAGAGUUUGGUGUCUCUAUGGACAAGUUAUUGUUACUGUUAGGGCUGGGCGAUAUGGCCUCAAAUCAAUAUCACGAUAUAUUGAGCAAUUCACCUGGAUAACGAUAAAUGGACGAUAACUACUCCACAAGCUGCUCACCCCCUCCAACAUUAACUUCGUCUACUUCAGCCGCUACAACUUUUGACCCAUUCUCCAUCUCCUCACCUGUCUUUCCCUCUUUGUUACGGACUGGAUGGGGUGGCGUCACGUCUCCGAUGUAGGACAGUGUUGAAAAGGGACAUGAGACCAUAACCUACCUACACACAUCCAAAACCAACUUUUAUUUAAUAUUAUUUUGACACCGAAUAUACUGAUAUGGGCAAAAUUACAUUGGUUAUUGUCGUAAAUUUCGGUAUUGGUAAAUUUUCGGUUUAUCGCCCAGCCCUAAAACGACUUUGCAAUUUGAAAUGGUUUCUCUGUUCCUCCAUAAAUCUUGAGUGUUUCUAUCGUUCAGGCUUCCAAUGAGGAGACCAAGGAGCAUCUAUAUGAAACCCUCCUGGCUGAGUGCAGAGACACCAUCCAGGCUGUGAGAGAGGAGCUCAAGAGUGAGGCGGUAAGGUCAAAGAUUCGACAUGUUUCAGUCAAGAAGGGGGCUGUGAUUCCCAAGUUAUGACCCAGAUGUUUUUUUUUUUUUUGGAUUAGCAGUUUGAUUCAAAUCGUACAAAUAUUUAUAACAUUUGACAUUAAAACAGAAAUUCCAAAUCAUGUUUUUUUUCCCCAAUUUGUCUUUGUAGAAGCAGCGAGAGAGAGGCUCUGAGGGUGAUAGUGGCAAAGUGUCCAACUUGCAGUUCCUGCACAGGUAAAAAAAUUCAAAGAGACUCAAAGGCAAAACUUUUACUUUUCUUACGUGUACUGAUGCACUUAAGUGUUUUUGUCACAGAUGUAUGCAGUCAGUUAUUUUAAUGUAUAAACUGUCAUCAGACAGUCAAUUGCAAAGACAUUCAUAUAGAUUUAUUGCUGUUGAAGUUGAACUUCAUGAGAAAAGACUUAGAAAGUUCAAGAAGAAUAUCAUCAUUCCUUUACUGUAAAAAAAUAUUUGUUUAUAAUUGGAUGAUUGAUGACCAGAUUUACCCAAUGAAAACAGAACAGGAGCUUUUUUUAGCCAGUAGCCCGUAGCUCAGCAUUAGGCAUGUAAAAGCUUCAUCACCCUCUGAUAUUACACUCAUACAUAAAUACAGUAAUUCUCUCUGCUAUGUGGGUUUUUAACAAGUUAUGUGUGUCCUGCGUCAGCUACCUGACUUACAUCAAGCUGUGCACGCUGGUUAAGAGAAACGAGAGCAUGGCCCACACUCUUCAGGCUAAACUCAAGGAACCUGAAGCCGAUGAGAGCAAGAGAGGGCCCCGCCCACAGGACCUCAUCCGCCUCUACGACAUCAUCCUGCAGGUAUAUUUCUCCCCUGUUAACAGUUGUGUGUGUUAUCGUGAUGAAAUGUCAAGUUGAGAUGUCCGCAGUUACCGUCUCUGUUUUUCCUCACAUCAGCUUCUUGUCUCUUGCGUUUCCUCUCUAAUGUUUCCUCUUGUUUGUCGGUCCCUGCAGAGUCUGGCUGAGCUCUCCACCCUGCAGGGUUUGGAGGAUGACCACACCUUUCAGAAGGAGGUCUCCCUCAAGACACUGGUCUACAAGGCCUACAGGUAAGAAGAUAUUUUCAUUUUGGUUUACAUCAGAAUUACGACAAAGAUUUACACAGAGGAUCCAGCCGCAACUUUACUCAUACUAAUCUCAUACUUUCGACACAAAACAAAAUCUUUGCACCUAUGAUGUCUUAUUUUCUUGUUUGGCUAUUGAAAUGUUCUGAUCAGAUGUCUGACAAAAUGUGACCUCUGUUUUUGUAGAUUCUUUCUCUGUUAUUGUGUAAUUUCCACACACUUACAUCUAUGUUCUCUCCGCGUCCCCGCAGGUGUUUCUUCAUCGCUCAGUCUUAUGUGCUGGUGAAGAAGUGGAGCGAGGCAUUGGUGCUUUAUGAAAGAGUGCUGAAAUACGCCAAAGAGGUGCAGUCUAAGGCCAAGAGUCUCAACAACAGCCUCAAGGUAGGUCAGGAAAACACAUCCACUAAAGUGCACCACAUGCAACAACACCAUAUAUUUACAGUUCUUGAUAAAACUGUUCACCUCGCUUCCAUACUGAUAUGAAUUUUCUGUCAGAUAAGUUUAAAAAACAGUUUUCCAAAAUUUGCACUGGAACAGAAACAUCAUUGUAGUGUCUCCUGGUUUCUGCAGGAUCUCCCUGAUGUUCAGGAACUCAUCGCUGAGGUCAAUGCUGAAAAAUACUCCCUUCAGGCCGCUGCAAUUUUAGGUGAGCAUUUUUAUUUCAAUUGACUCAUCUGUAGCAGACACACACUCUUUUUUUGGGAACAUGUCAGUCUGAUUUGUCCCUGUUUGUGUUGUUCAAAUCUAAGGCAAUGUUUUCUGUUUCAGACACUGAUGAGACUGCUGAAGUUCCCUCUCAGCAGCAGGUGAAGGACAACACGGUAAGAGUUGAAAACAGGAAACACCCACUCAGAAUCUGAUAGAUUCCACCAAGACUUUAGUAGACAGCAUUAAGAAUCUGAAUGUCCUUUUCUUUCACAGUUAGCUAGAUAGAUAUCCGUUUCAGUGAAGAGUGCCAUUUUAUUUCUAAUCAAGAGUUUCAGAAGGUCAUUAUCAAGCUCAUUUUUUUCUCUCUUGUAAACAUCACCUGUCUUCAUUCAGCCUCUCUGCAACCGCCUGGACACCUUCCGCCUGGACCCCAGCCUUGUAGGAAAGCAACCCAAUCUGGUCAACUUCCCUCCUGACUUCCAGCCAAUCCCCUGCAAGCCGCUGUUCUUCGACCUCGCUCUUAACCACGUGACCUUCCCUCCGCUAGAUGACAAGGUGGAGCAGAAGGGCAAGGGAGGUCUCACCGGCUACAUCAAGGGCAUCUUUGGCUUCGGCAGCUAAAUCAAGUCUCAGGUUUUGGCCUCCACAAAGGCACCUGAGCUCAACCAGAAACAGCUCAGCCACUUAGAUAUUUUAUUUUUUAACGACCAAGAGCGAGAUGAGUUUGUGUCUCUUUGGGAGACAGAGUUCAGUCUUUCAAACGGAGCUCACUAAAAUUACUUUUCAGUGAGCUUCUGCCAUCCAGCUGUAUGAGUUCAUCGUAAAAUCGCUGCCUCCAUGCAUCUUGGUUACUCUUAAGUUUAUCAGGAUGUCAUGCCAUGAUCUCUCAGUACAGCCAUGUUGUUGGUCUCUUGUCUUUUUAGAGGAAAUAAAUAAGCCACUUAGGCUCCGUUAAUUAGCUUUAUCCCAAUGUUUUCACAGGCCUUCUUCUAAUCACAUCCCUUUUUUGUCAGAUAUGAACAUAGAAGUGCAGUAUUUCUGCAGCACCUACCCUGGCUUCAAUAACAAAGUGGUGCUCUCCAAAUAUUCUGAGUUGUUUCACUUUGAAAAGCUGAAGCUGUUUUGUCAUUCAGAAUAGUUUCAUUUAAGUUUUCACAUCUCUUUCCAUCCCCCUUUUGCUCCACCUUGAUCACUACAAGUCAUGCUUAUCGAUAAUGUCGCCGAAGCCUCUUCAAACAGAAGAACAGCAAGGAAAUGAAAUGAAAGGGUCAAACUCAAAGGUUUUAGUUGCAUGACCAAGGAAAGUCAAAGUCAUGGCUCGAAGUAGAAAGGAUUCGCUUUCAAAAUGCAGGAUGAUUUAGUGUCAGUCAAGCUGGUCACUCAGCAUUUUUUUACUUUUUCUAACGACAGAGGAGGACCUCUCUUCAGACCUCAGUUUACUCCUGUCAUGUCUUAUUUCAGCAGAACCCCUGUAGUGGUUAGAAAGCAUUCAUCAUUGGACUGUAGAGGGUUUUUACAAUCUGUCAUUUGUCACAUCCACACCUGUUUGAGUGCCAUGAGUGGGACUCUCUGUGUUAUCACCACCGACACCUUUGACGUUUAGACUACAGUGCUUGAAAAAUCUUAUCGCUCGUUUGCAGUUGUGAUGUCAGCAACCAGAUGGCACGCCCUGCAAACCUGAGGGGACCUGGGUUGUUUGAGAAAUCUGUUGUAACACCAGAUAGAGGUUUCACCAAUUUUUGAUUGUAUUUGUUUUUAUUUUUGCUCGUUACUUUUUCCUCUUCAGUGUUUUAUGUUAAAGGAUAAAGAUACUGUACAUGUACUUUACCUCGAACAGGUUGGGACUAAAUGACAAAAGGUUGGAAACAUUUUUGACCAGGAAAAAAAAAAGAGUGUGAUUUAAUUUAGUAAUUAUCAGGCCGGCACCAAACACAUUUUCUUGAUGUUCUCCAUUCACAUCCACUGUUGAAAAUUCAGUGUGCUUUUACUUUAAGAUUAAAUGCCUUCAAGCUCCUAAAUAAAUGAGAAGAAAGAG